GAAACUUUAUUGAGUAUUUGUCUAUUUGAGUUUCUCUCAUCUUCUUUUGUUUUGCUUCACAUCGUUCACAUCAAUUAGUUUCUAUCAGCUCCAGCAAAUGGUUAGUGUGUUCAUCAGCUAAAAUCAUUAAGGAUUGCGUUACUUCUUCUUCAGGAAGGACUAGAAAUGAGAAAGAGUUGAUUACUCCAUAUUGAGUGUGAAGAUGACGAGGUGGUCUAUGUCUAUGCACUGCACAUUGUUCUUGCUAUUUCUGUUGAGGCUCACUUGUAUAUUCUCAGAUUCCGAUUAUUUGAUGGGUCUUGGAAGCUAUGACAUCACAGGACCUGCAGCUGAUGUUAACAUGAUGGGUUAUGCUAACAUGGAACAAGUAGCAUCUGGUGUUCACUUCAGGCUCAGAGCUCGUGCGUUCAUCGUGGCUGAGCCAUACAAGAAAAGGAUUGCUUUUGUUAAUCUUGAUGCUGGUAUGGCCUCACAGCUUGUGACCAUCAAAGUGAUUGAAAGAUUGAAACAGAGGUACGGUGAGCUUUAUACGGAGGAAAAUGUUGCAAUUAGUGGAACUCAUACUCAUGCUGGUCCAGGGGGUUAUCUCCAAUACAUUUUGUACUUAGUUACAUCUCUCGGGUUUGUUCAUCAAUCUUUCAAUGCUCUUGUGGACGGUAUAGAGCAAAGUAUUAUACAAGCUCAUGAAAAUCUUCGUCCCGGGUCCAUUUUAAUCAACAAAGGGGAGCUCUUGGAUGCUGGUGUGAACCGUAGUCCCAGUGCUUACCUUAACAAUCCGGCACAUGAACGUAGUAAAUAUGAAUAUGAUGUAGAUAAAGAGAUGACACUUGUCAAAUUCGUUGAUGAUCAAUGGGGUCCAGUGGCACGUAUCAUGGAAGACUGGUUUGAACGAGAAAACGGUUGUAGAUCAGUUGAUGUUGAAUCUCCUAGAAGAGUCUCAAGCAUAAUCAGUGAUCCUUAUGAUCAAGAUUUGAUGGAAAUGGCAUCCUCGUUACUGUCUACCGGCGGUAAAACCGUUACAAGGAUGUCAAGCGUUGCUAGACGGGUCAGAAGUAGAUUUAGACACGCUGACAAACCUAGAUUUGUCUCUGCCUUCUGUCAAACUAACUGCGGUGAUGUUAGUCCGAAUGUGUUGGGAGCCUUCUGUAUAGACACAGGCCUUCCUUGUGAAUUCAACCAAAGUACUUGUGGUGGAAAGAAUGAGCAAUGCUACGGCCGUGGACCAGGCUACCCUGAUGAAUUUGAGAGUACCCGCAUUAUUGGAGAGAGGCAGUUCAAGAAGGCUGCGGAUCUUUUCACUAAAGCCUCUGAGGAGAUACAAGGAAAAGUUGACUAUCGUCAUGCAUAUGUUGAUUUCUCUCAGCUUGAAGUGACGAUUAAUGGACAAAAUGGAGGUUCCGAAGUGGUGAAAACAUGUCCAGCUGCAAUGGGUUUUGGUUUCGCUGCAGGAACAACUGAUGGACCUGGAGCAUUUGACUUUAAACAAGGAGAUGAUCAGGGAAAUCCUUUCUGGAGGCUUGUAAGGAACCUUCUCAAGAAUCCAACUGAGGAACAAGUACGAUGCCAACGACCUAAACCCAUAUUGCUUGAUACCGGUGAAAUGAAACAACCAUACGACUGGGCGCCGUCGAUAUUACCAGUUCAGAUCCUCCGCAUUGGCCAGCUAGUGAUUCUCUGCGUCCCCGGAGAAUUCACAACAAUGGCAGGGAGGCGACUACGUGAUGCCGUGAAAACAGUGCUUAAAGAAGGCAGCAAUGGAAGAGAAUUCAGCGUGGUAAUAGCCGGGCUAACCAAUUCGUAUUCGCAGUAUAUUGCCACAUUUGAGGAAUACCAAGUUCAGAGAUAUGAGGGUGCAUCGACUUUGUAUGGACCUCACACGCUAAGCGGAUACAUUCAAGAAUUCAAGAAACUAGCAAAUGAUCUUCUAUCUGCUCAAACCACUGACCCGGGUCCCCAACCACCUGACUUACUUCACAAGCAAAUAAGCUUACUAACACCUGUUGUUGCGGAUAUGACACCAAUUGGAACUGCAUUCGGAGAUGUUACAUCGGAUGUUCCUCGGUUAUCCAAAUUCAGGAAGGGAGCUGACAUAGUGAGGGUUCAAUUCCGGUCAGCUAACCCGAGAAACGAUCUGAUGACGGAAGGAACUUUCGCGCUUGUUGAGAGGUGGCUCGAAGGAAGAGAGACAUGGGUACCUGUUUAUGAUGAUGAUGACUUUUGCCUCCGGUUUAAGUGGUCAAGACCGUUUAAACUCAGCACGCAGAGCACAGCAACUAUCGAAUGGAGAAUCCCUGAAACCGCAUCACCUGGUGUUUAUAGAAUCACUCACUUUGGUUCAGCUAAAACUCCUAUAAGCUCCAUUCACCAUUUCUCUGGUUCAUCUAGUGCCUUUGUUGUAUAUUGA